AUGUCAUCUUAUUAUUUUGUUAUAAUAGGGACAGAAGAUAAUCCAAUUUAUGAAACAGAACUAUCAUCAUCAUCAAAUAAAGGAGUUACAUCAUCUUCCAAUUCAUUAAUAAAUAAUUCAUCAAAAUUAAAUAAUUCAAAUAAUUUACAACAACAACAAUCAAAUUUCCCACCAUCAACAAGAGAAAUAUUACCAUUUAUAGCAAAUGCAAGUUUAGAUUUAAUUGAAGAUCAAAUGUGGUCAACUCAAUUAUUAAAUUUAGGUAAAAUAGAUCAAUUUUAUGGUAUAUAUAUAAAUGCAUAUUUAACACAAGGUAAUAUAAAAUUUAUAUUAUGUCAUAAUAAUUCUAACAAGGAUGAAAAUUCAAUAAAACUGUUUUUUCAAGAUAUAAAUGAAUUAUAUGUUAAAAUUUUAAUGAAUCCUUUUUAUAAUUUAAAUGAUUCUAUAACAUUACCUGAUUUUGAUUUAAAAGUUAAAUUAUUAGCAAAAAAAUUUCUAUGA